AUGCGAACCUUCAAUAUAGUGAGGGGCAGCCAGUUUCCAUUCGAAAGGUACAUCACAGCUCUGGCCAAGUUCUUGGACGCAAUAGAUUACCAGGAUGAGAAUUUUAGCUAUGCGCAGUGUGUGGAAAGUCUGCGAUAUGUUUAUCAUCAAACAGCCAAACAUUUCCACCAACCUGUCGAGAAGGCUGCUCUGAACAUCAGUGCGCAAAGGCUACAGGCCAUCAUCAAAACUAGCAUCCUUGUCACUGUUUACUGCUGGGCAAAAUGCUCGCUUGAUAUCAUGGUGGGCCUGUUGGUGUAUUUUGCGUACAUCAUUAUGCUAGAUGAUUCCAGCGACGUUCCCUCCCCAUAUAUGAUGACUUUCUACGAGGACUUGAUCGAAGAAAAGUCUCAGAAGCAUGCAUUCUGGCAGCGCAUGAAUGCGCACUUGGUAACUUUGCUGCGACAUUACGGUGGUUUCUGUGCCAUCACGGUCUUUCGAAGUACAAUGGACUCCUUCAGGGCUAUUGGAUUGAACAGAAAACCUUCGGAGGCUUCGCCGGAUUGA